UAAACAAUCUGCACUAGAUCAUCAGAGUAUGUUAUCAAGCAAAAUAGCCUGACGGAGGAGAAAGCUUACACGAUCCAACAAGUGGUAACGCAGGGAUUCUACAUACACGAUAACAGAUCGGUGAAAACACUAGAAUUUAUUAACAUCCAAAGUUGCGACAAAAUUCAGCUUAGUUACCUCAAAGAUGAAAAAUAAUUCAAGAAACAACAACCCGUCGAACUGAUUAUAAUGUUCUUGUUCAUUUUAUGAAAUUCAUAAUCCACUUUCAAAGUCUUGAAGAGUAAAUACGUAUAAGAUGGUUAGUCAGUGAAUUUCGCUACUACUCGUAUAAUAUCAGACAACGAAUCAUUAUGAAUGGAUUUGUUUGACAUUUAUUCAUGAACUUGUAGGAAUGAAUAAUUGGAAUUUAUGGAUUUUCGCACCUGCAUGAUUAUGCCGACAGUGGAAUUUCCUUCAUGUCAUCGAAUGUCUGAUGCGUUUUGAAAGUUGGUAUAAAUGAGCAUAGAAAUUAUGUCCAUGACAAAUUUUCGAUAAUCUUGUAUUUUUUCAACUAUCUUCUGAUAUUACCCGUCUGAAAUUAAGUAUACUUCAUGCAUAUUGGAGAAAUGGAAUGAAAAUUGAAGGCAAGUGGACAUGUAAAGAAUUUUCAAGAGGUAUCAUGUCUUGUUUGGGACUAGAUGUCAAGAUACUUCAAAAAGUUAUUGGACACAAAAGUGACGUCACAACAUGCGAUUUUGCUGCUAAUUCUACACUGAUCACCGGAUCUGGAGAUAAGACAGUGCGAGUAUGGGAUUGGGUUCCAGGAGAAGGCUACAUGGAAAGGUCAAAUUCGCCAUUGCGAGACCACAGAUAUAACGUUACUUGUAUACAGGCUUCACCUCAGGGUUUUAUGUUUGCAUCUACUUCUGUGGAUGGUACGGCUAUCUUGUGGAACGUCCAUUCCCUGGACAAAAUAUAUACCAUGGCACAAGUUAACGGUGAUCCCAUCAGAGUGUGCAGAUUUUCUCCGGACAGUGCCCUGUUUGUUACCGGCGGCGAUAAUGGAGCUGUGUGUAUUUGGGAUUUGGCGCGCAGGAAUAUGAUUAGGACAGUUUGGGAUCACAAGGGUGCCACACAAUCGCUCGCAUUCACGCCCGAUUCUCUGUAUUUAGUUACAGCUUGUUCCAUGGAGGUGAUCAACGUUUGGUACGUUCAAGAUCUGGUAGACACGGUUAAUGAAUCGGGAUGUUCACCUGCAGCGUGCCUUGUGAAUGCCCUGGAUAUGGGAGUGCUUAGUUUAGACGUCUCCAAACACAUUGAGAUAGAAGAUUUUUCAGAUGACAAUCCCUUACAAAAGCAAUAUACCUUGGCCUCGAGCGGAUCUUCUAACGAGAUCAAAAUAUGGAACAUAACCUCAAUUUCUUAUCCUAAAGAGAGGGGUUCAGGUCAAAAAGUUCUCAUUACCUUACGAAACGUUUUAGAAGGGCAUUCCUCGUCCGUUACUUGCGUUAAGUAUGGAAGCGGCGAAAACUUAGUGUCUUGCAGUCUGGACAAAACCAUCAAGAUAUGGGAUGAACUAGGUAAUUGUAUAGCUCAGUUGCACGGACACGCACGAUACGUGAACUGCGUUUCCAUCACGAAGGAUUUCGCUUUGAUUGCCUCAGGUUCGAAUGAUCGUCAAAUUAUCGUUUGGGACGUAAACGGAAGUUUAUCUUUGGAUUCGGAGAUCGCCAAGCAUCAAAAAACGAACGGCAAUUCAGAUCAUCUAUCUCCCGAAGCGCACGUAGCCCAAAAUGUGGAAAACAUGGAACUAUUGGAAAAAAUCGAUGAUCUCGCGGAUGGAUCGAUAAACAGUUGUUGUUUUCAUUCGAAUAACCGACUUGGUAUAGGAUCCGGGGAUAAGAGCGUCAAAUUGUUCAGUUUGAUCGAGCACAACUUGACCGAAGUUCCGUUCUCGCCGCUUGAGGGUCAUACCUAUGCGGUGAACUAUUUGGACAUUUCCAAAGAUGGCACGAAGUUAGCUACUUGUUCUCAGGACGGAUGUGCUUUUCUGUGGAAUCCCGAGAAUGGCGAUAAAAUUGGAUCAGUGCCAACCAGUAGCUUAUCGAUUAGAGUUUGCAGGUUUUCUCCCGAUGCCAGAUUCCUGGUAACAGCUGGUGACGACGAAAAAGCUUUCGUGUGGAACACGGACACCAUGGAAAAUAUCGCGACUCUGGAGGGCCACUUGGACGCGAUAACUUGCGCCUGCUUCACCCCGGACUGCGAGCUCAUUGCAACAACCUGCUUCAACGAGGACUUCAGGCUGUGGAACUGCUGUGAUAAUUUCAAAUUGAUACACGUGGAAGAGGACGUACAUACGACCGGUAUUCAAAGCUGUGAUUUUUCUACAAAUUUAGAACCUAUCCCGAAUAUAUCGAUGGACGAUCAGCAGACUUAUCUAUUGGCCACCUGCGGUAACGACAGCGUUGCCAAACUUUGGUGUAUCACGGUGCCAAAGACACGGGGAAUCCCUUGUUACGAUGAAGUCAACAUCAAGAUAUGGCGUUCUUUAUACGGCCAUGGGGGUAGUUUGACUUGUAUAAAAUUUUCCCCUUGCCUGGGAGAAAUAGUUUGUUCUACGGCCACCGAUAGACAAGCGAGGUUAUGGUCGGUCUACAGCGGCGAAUGCCUCUAUGUCCUGGACCACAACUCGAUUGUCACCACCUGCUCAUUCACAGAAAAUUGUACCUUAUUGGCGAUAGGUUGUAUAGAUAAGUCUCUGUGGAUGUGGAAGCUACCGUCACAAUUGGUGUUUCAGACUGCAGUGGUGAACAAAAUAAAACAUUUAUCGAAAAACCUGUACGAUUGGUCGACUGCGGACGUAUCGAAUUGGCUGGAAAGCGUCGGUUUGACCGAAAUAAAGAUAAACGCUCUGAACGCCUCUCUGGACGGCCAGAAGAUGGUGACCUUCAGCGAAGAGGAGAUCUGCUCGGCAUUAGACAUAGAUGGUGACGAGGCCGUAUCCUUGGCCAAAGAAAUCAGGUGGCUUAAACAGGGCGAUUCCAAGGUACUAAACUCGAAAAGGGAGGAUAUACCUUACGAUUUCUUGUGUCCCAUCACCCAUGAGGUGAUGCUGGAACCAGUCGUAUGCAGCGACGGGUUCACGUACGAGAGACGAGCCAUAACCGAAUGGUUUAUGGCCGGUAAAUAUACCAGUCCAAUGACGAACGAACCCCUAGUUACUACGGCUUAUAAGAUGAACAACGAACUAAGAAACGCCAUACGUUCUUUCUUGGACUUGGAUGAAUGAACUCAAAAUUCAAAAAAAAUAUUUGUCACUGAGGGGAGAAAACGAUAACUUCCCUCAUAUUUUAUAUCUAGGUACUCAACCUGAAAAGGGAACAAUUAUAUACGGUCGCAUUAUACAAGGUGAGUAGAUCAAGACUAAAUUUUAGGUACUAGACAUCAAAAUAAUACGAUUGAACUGAAAUUAUGUUGAAUAUACCAAAAGUUAAUUUAGUAAUAACAGAGAUAAACGUGUCAAGUGGAGGAAAUUAUUAUUUUUUUAAUCUGCGGAUUAUUUCAGAAUGAAGUGUCAUGAUAAACGAAACCAUAAGUGAAAAACAGUGCCAUAUUGAUCUUAAAUAAAUCUAGUCCAUUCAAGAAUGAUUGACAUCCCAGAAGACCUUGAAAGCUUAAUAUCUGGUCACAAAAUAUCUUCAAUAAUUUCUGUAGUUUCAAUCACAGAACUGAAAUAUGCCAAUGGUCUACGCAUUUAUUUCUAACUUGAAUGGGAUGUCAAUAAUCCUUGAAUUGAGAGAAUUUUAGAUAGUUUGUUAACAGAUUUUUAUUCUGACGAACGUGUUGAAUGAAAUUAUAAAAUUAAAGUUUUGAAAAUGUU